CUGUAGCCACUUUUUUUUUUUUUUUUUUUUUUUUACACUCCACAAAUGUUGAACUUGGGAAGAAAAACCAACUUUGUGCUCCAUGGAAACAUGUAAAAAUCCACCCGGACACUAAAGUUGGACACUUACUGCGCCCUCCUGAUCACAGCGGGCUGGGCACACUCAACAGGACCGUUAGUAUUGUUCCCCCCUCCUAUGCUAGCUGGCUAAGAGGGACCAGGACGCCUUUGUAGAGAACAUUUGUUUGUGUUUGCAGGCCAUACUCUACGCAACACAACGGAGGAAAAACACCAAAGAUGAUAUUGGGGCUGAGCGAUUGGUUCUGGCAGGAGCGGCUGUGGUUUCCAAAAGGCCUGGGCUGGGCUGACCUGGAGGAUCGGGAUGGACGAGUAUACGCUAAAGCCGGUGACUUGUGGGUGGCGCUGCCCAUCGCACUUGCAUUCCUUAUCAUCCGACAGAUCUUUGAAAGGACAGUGGCUACACCUCUAGCUUCCCUGCUCGGGAUCAAAGACACAGUGCGGCUCAAAGCCCCUCACAACCCCACACUGGAGUCCUACUUCUGUAACAUUACCAAAAACCCCACACAGACUUCUGUUGCAAGUCUUUGCAAAAAGACGGGCUUGUCAGAAAGACAAGUGCAGCGAUGGUUCAGAAGACGAAGGAACCAGGACAGACCGAGUUUGCUCAAAAAGUUUCGAGAAGCCAGUUGGAGAUUUACCUUUUACCUUCUUGCUUUCAUUGCUGGCCUGGCCGCCCUCAUUGAUAAACCUUGGCUGUAUGACCUGCAGGAGAUGUGGCAGGGCUUUCCUGUGCUGACUCUCCUGCCAUCUCAGUAUUGGUACUACAUGAUUGAGCUGGGUUUCUACAGCUCUCUGCUCUUCAGUGUGGCUUCUGAUGUCAAACGAAAAGACUUUAAGGAGCAGAUCGUUCAUCAUGUUGCGACCAUCCUCCUUAUCAGCUUUUCCUGGUGCGUUAAUUACAUCCGUGCUGGGACUCUCAUCAUGCUGUUGCACGACUCCGCUGAUUACUUUCUUGAGUCUGCAAAGAUGUUCAACUAUGCUGGAUGGCGAAAUGCCUGUAAUUACAUCUUCAUCGUAUUUGCUGCAAUCUUCAUUAUCACUCGUCUGGUCAUCUUUCCCUUCAGGAUUAUUUACUGUACGUGGGUGUACCCUGUGACCAUCUAUGAACCCUUCUUUGGCUACUACUUUUUCAACGGCCUUUUAAUGGUUCUGCAGUGUCUGCAUAUCUUCUGGGCCAUCCUCAUCAUACGCAUGGCAGUCCGCUUCCUCACCAACAAUGAAAAAGUGGACGAUGAAAGGAGUGACAAAGAUGAAACGGAUGAAUCGGGAGAGGAGGAAGACGAGGAGGGGGUUAAAAAGGACACAAAGAAAAAUGGACCAGUGCAGAAUGGUCACACAGUCCACAACAACAAUCACAGCAAGACAGAGUGAAAGCAAAACAACGUCAGGACGCAGGAUUGUGAUAAAGGACUCAUUUCCCUCUGUAGGGGAGCAGGAGGGAGGGAAAAAGAGAUGGAGAAAGAAGAAGACAGUGUGUGGGUUGGGGGGGGGGGCAUGUCAUUCCCUAAAACACAGACCAGCAGGUAUGUUGAUAAAAUGUGACACUGUUACUUCUGCACAACACAAAAACACUCUCACAAACGUACUUUUAGAGGGCACACAGAUCCAGCAGAAAAUGAUAGACACUACAUUCAGUGGCACGACUGUUCUGCUUAAUCAUGUGUCACUGUCAGUGUGGGAAGUCAGUUCCAAAUUUUCAAAGAGACAGGAGGAAAUGGAGGGAGAACUAUGAUGGGAAGGAGGGAGAGAGGCAGGGCGGGAGGGGGGAAAGGGAGUGGGGGGGGGGGGGGGGGGGGGGUGAUGCUGCUUCUUCUUCUACAGCUUUCCUUGUUCAGUGUGCCUUAGAGCCAGCUAUUGGCUGAUAAAAUGCCAUUUCGAAGCAGUCUGCUUUGAUCUUGUGUUGCUUUAUGUUCCCUGUUUUGUUUUAUACUGAAAGAACAAAAUAAGAUGAAAGUUGGUUUUGCAUUGUGAAAGUGGGCAUUCAUUUCCCUUAUUUUUUUGUCUAUGCAAUUACGUAAAUGUUAAGCUAUUGCACCGUCUUUGCACAAACAGUUUCUCUUACAAGAGUGUGCAGUAGGACUGCGUGCUUUUGCUCUCCAAUGGCGCUUGUGCCAUUUAUUUUUCUGCCUUGUGAGGUCAAAUGAGCAACUUUGGUGUCACUUUUGUAGAUAUACUGAAAGCAAAAUCUUACUUUUGAUUUCUGUUCUUUUCUUCAUCCAAUAUCGCUUAGUACCUACUCUUCCUGCUUCCAAAAGAGACAUCUCUCUUAAGUGUUCAAUCAUCUUGCUUUCAGGAAUCUGAAAUGUUACCCUGCAAUAUAAAUCUCAGCUUCCCUCUAGUUUUCGACGGAGCUGAAUGUUUUCUUCCUCUGGUUUGUUUGAAGCUUUUUGAUCCAGCUGAGUCACACUGUUGAUGCCUCCCCCCGUGGAAACUGAUGACUCUCAAUAAAAAUCAUAGCGAAGGUGGGCUUCUUUGGGGGAACACAGUAGUUUCACUAAGGUGAAUGGAAUGUGACGGAUGAACCAUUUCCAGAUUUUACAAACAUGAACCAGAUAUAUCCAAUUCACUGCCUUGUAUCCUGGGUAAUGUUUUUUUUUUAACCUAGAAUAUAACUUUUGAUCUAAGUGAAUGAUUUUAAGAAUGAUUCUGUGUAUGAAACGGGUUUACAGGUAUUCUAUUUGAAGAGGAAUAAGAUAAUGAAAUGCCUUUUUAGCAGUCAGUGUUUGAGCUCUGAGAUUCCGGAGGAGUUCAUUAAAUGAGUGUUGCUUUUUUGUCUUCAUGCUUUAUGUUUUUUUGUAUGUCAAGUGCCUUAUCUGUAAUGUAUGGGAAGCUCCCUCUCGCUCCUGUCUUUAUGUCCUCUCUUUUUCUGUCCUGUCUCCACCUCACAUCAGAGACUAGUAUCACCUCCCUCCUUUGUACAAUCCAUCACUCACCUCUCUCCUUUACCAAUCACCUUCCUCUCAAACUCCUCAUUCCACCACCAUAUUGUUUUUUACUAACCCAGACCAACCAGCAUCCUCAUCCUCCCCAGCGAUACAGAAGAACCAGCUGUGUCCUAAUUACAGUGUUAUAUUACUUUUUUGUAUUUUUUGUUUAAUAACUAAGUAUUGUUAUUAUUAAUAAAUGCAAAGAUCAUGAAUCACAAUGAAA